UGCCAGGGCCGCCACCCCUGGGGAGGAGCCACUGGGCUACUCUGAGGGGCCAGAGGUGAGCCUCAAUAUUCCACAGCUGCUGCUCCUAGGGAGGAGCUGGUACCAUGGGUGUCAGGCGACGGUUGGCCUUGCUGCUGCUGCUGCUGCUCCUGCUCUGGGGCCUAGGACAGCCAGUGUGGCCAGUGGCUGUGGCCUUGACCCUGCGCUGGCUCCUAGGGGAUCCCACAUGCUGCGUGCUACUUGGGCUGGCCAUGUUAGCACGGCCCUGGCUCAGCCCCUGGGUGCCCCAUGGGCUGAGCCUGGCAGCUGCAGCCCUGGCACUAACCCUGCUGCCAGCACGGCCGCCCCCAGGGCUACGCUGGCUGCCGGCUGAUGUGGUCUUCUUGGCUAAGCUCCUCCAUGUGGGCCUGAAGAUCAGGGCAUGCUUGAGCCGGCAGCCACCUGACACCUUUGUAGAUGCCUUCGAGAGGCGAGCACGAGCUCAGUCUGGCAGGGCAGUCUUGGUGUGGACGGGGCCCGGGGUUGGCUCAGUCACCCUUGGCGAGCUGGAUGCCCGGGCCUGCCAGGCGGCAUGGGCCCUGAAGGCUGAGAUGGGUGGCCGUGCGAGCCUGUGUGCUGGGGAGCCUGCCGCCCUCCUGGUGCUGGCUUCCCAGGCCGUUCCAGCCCUGUGUCUGUGGCUGGGGCUGGCCAAGCUGGGCUGCCCAAUAGCCUGGAUCAACCCGCAUAUCCGGGGGAUGCCCCUGGUGCACUCUGUGCUGAGCUCCGGGGCCCGGGUGCUGGUGGUGGACCCAGACCUCCGGGAGAGCCUGGAGGAGAUCCUUCCCAAGCUGCAGGCUGAGAACAUCUGCUGCUUCUACCUCAGUCAUACCUCCCCUACACCAGGGGUGGGGGCUCUGGGGGCUGCCCUGGAUGCAGCGCCCUCCCAUCCAGUGCCUGCUGACCUGCGUGCUGGGAUCACUUGGAGAAGCCCUGCCCUCUUCAUCUACACCUCAGGGACCACUGGCCUCCCGAAGCCAGCCAUCCUCACUCAUGAGAGGGUACUGCAGAUGAGCAAGAUGCUGUCCUUAUUUGGGGCCACAGCUGAUGACGUGGUUUACAUGGUCCUGCCUCUGUACCACGUGAUGGGACUUGUCGUUGGGAUCCUCGGCUGCUUAGAGCUCGGAGCCACCUGUGUUCUGGCCCCCAAGUUCUCUGCUUCCUGCUUCUGGGAUGACUGUCGGCAGCAUGGUGUGACAGUGAUCCUGUAUGUGGGCGAGCUCCUGCGGUACUUGUGUAACAUGCCCCAGCAACCAGAGGACCGGACACAUACAGUCCGCAUGGCGAUGGGCAAUGGACUCCGGGCUGAUGUGUGGGAGGCCUUCCAGCAGCGCUUCGGUCCCAUUCGGAUCUGGGAAAUCUACGGCUCCACAGAAGGCAACAUGGGCUUAGUCAACUAUGUGGGGCGCCGCGGGGCCCUGGGCAAGAUGAACUGCCUUCUUCGAAUGCUGUCCCCCUUUGAGCUGGUGCAGUUCGACAUGGAGGCGGAGGAGCCUGUGAGGGAUAAUCAGGGCUUCUGCAUCCCUGUAGGGCUAGGGGAGCCGGGGCUGCUGCUGACCAAGGUGGUAAGCCACCAACCCUUCGUGGGCUACCGCGGCCCCCGAGAGCUGUCGGAACGGAAGCUGGUGCGCAACGUGCGGCAAUCGGGCGACGUUUACUACAACACCGGGGACGUACUGGCCAUGGACCGCGAAGGCUUCCUCUACUUCCGCGACCGCCUCGGGGACACCUUCCGAUGGAAGGGCGAGAACGUGUCCACGCACGAGGUGGAGGGCGUGUUGUCGCAGGUGGACUUCCUGCAGCAGGUUAACGUGUAUGGCGUGUGUGUGCCAGGGUGUGAGGGUAAAGUGGGCAUGGCUGCCGUGCAGCUAGCCCCCGGCCAGACUUUCGACGGGCAGAAGUUGUACCGGCACGUUCGCGCUUGGCUCCCUGCCUACGCUACCCCCCAUUUCAUCCGCAUCCAGGACGCCGUGGAGGUCACGAGCACGUUCAAAUUGAUGAAGACCCGGCUGGUGCGUGAAGGCUUCAACGUGGGGAUCGUGGUUGACCCUCUGUUUGUACUCGACAACCAGGCCCAGUCCUUCCGGCCCCUGACGGCAGAAACGUACCAGGCUGUGUGUGAGGGAACCUGGAGGCUCUGACUAUCUGGCCAACCCACUGGGGCAGGGAUCAAAGCCAGACACCCCCACCCCAACACAUUCUUUCAACCUGGGCCUGCGUGAAUCCCAGUCUGGCCAUACCCUCAACCUCAGUGGGCUGGAAAUGACAGUGGGCCCUGUAGCAGUGGCAGAAUAAACUCAAAUGUGUUCACAGAA